AUGGCCUUCCUAAACACAUCUACGCUCCUCUACUUGGCCUCUGUUUACAUAGCAUAUGGAGUUGGUCUUGUGAUCUAUAGGUUAUACCUCAGCCCUUUGUCCAGGUUCCCAGGUCCCAAGCUGGCCGCUGCCACACUGUGGUAUGAGUGCUACUACGAUGUUGCCAGACGAGGAAAAUAUACAUUCAAGAUCGCAAUGAUGCAUGAAAAAUAUGGCCCCAUCAUCCGUAUCAACCCAUACGAGCUUCAUGUCAACGACCCAGAAUUUUAUGACGAACUCUAUGUGCAUGGUUCUGUCAGAAGGACGGAAAAGUUCUUGUGGGACCUCCGCAUGUUUGGCCGAGCAACUUCAACAUUUGGGACUCCUGAACAUGAGCUUCAUCGUAUCCGGCGUGCCACUUUGUCUCCGUAUUUCUCAAAGGCCUCAGUGCAACAGCUGGAGCCUGUAGUACAGCUUAUGGUUGACAAGCUCGUGUCAAGGCUAGAGAAAUUGCAAGGAUCUGCUGCAAUCCUGAAUCUCCUUGACGUCUUCUCUGCCCUAACAGGCGAUGUCAUAGGCCAAUAUGCCUUCGCAAAGCCUCUCGGACUUCUAGAUAAACCAGAGUUUGCGCCCCAAUGGCAAAGAGCUAUCCUGGAUCUCGGCGAGAACGGCCAUAUGCUCAAGCACUUUACCUGGAUGGAGCCCCUAUUCCGGAGUAUGCCGCUUUGGCUUGUCCGCGUGAUGAAUCCUCAAGUUAUGCCAUUGAUAGAAUUACAAAUGGGUUUCGAGGAGCAGGUCAAUGGGUUCAAAGCAGACUUGGCAAAAGGCCGCAAGUAUACAGGACAACGAACCAUCUUCUAUGAUAUGAUAGCAGAUGACCAAGUACGACCUCAGGAGAAAGACUCUGAGCACUUAAGAACCGAGGCGCUGGCAAUCAUGGGCGCUGGAACUAUCACGACCGCGCAUCAUCUUGCAAUCGUGUCAUUCCAUCUUCUGGAGAAUCCGGAAAUUCUGGCUAAGUUGCAAGCCGAGUUGAAGACUGUUCUGCCGGGUAAGAAUUCAAGGCUCCAGUGGCAACAGCUCGAGCAACUUCCAUACUUGAACGCGGUUAUUAUGGAGGGCCUUAGGAUGUCUUACGGAACUGCACAUCGGCUACAACGUAUUUCACCUGAUAUCGCUUUACAGUAUAAGGAAUGGACUAUCCCGGUUGGUACACCUGUGGGCAUGACUACGCUGCUUUUACACAAUAAUCCGGAUACUUAUCCUAACCCGAGGAAAUUUGACCCCAAUCGUUGGCUUCAACCCUCGGCAAGCAGACUGGGUAAAUACAUGGUGGCAUUCAGCAAAGGCUCAAGGCAAUGUCUUGGAAUGAAUCUUGCUUACUGCGAGAUAUACCUCACCAUCGCCGCAAUCUUCGCCCCAGGUAGAUUCAAGCUCGAAAACUAUGAAACCACAGCCAGAGACACUCAGCCGGCCCACGAUUUCUUAAUCCUGGCUUUCCUUCGGAUUCAAAGGGUAUCAGGGUUGCCAUCGGCUGAGACCGGCACCUGGGCGAUAUUUUCUACCUCGCUUGGGAAAGUGCUCUUACUUUCCAGGUGUACUAAGAAAGUGCAGUUCUUCCUGCGGGAUCUUUUGUCCUUGUUGGUCAUUAUCGGACAUCACUUGUUCAAGCAAGGGAAAUGUGUGGAUGAGCAAGAUACCGAGGUUAAGCCACACUGGCUCGAAGAAUCAUUAUCAAAACCAAUAUAUGAUAUAGCCGGUUCCUGGUAG